AUGGCUGGGUGCUGCCACAGGCUGGCCCUGCUGCCAAAGCUCUCUGGAGAAGAGGCCAAUAUCCCUGGCUACCUUCAGCUCCCAGCAACCCCUGAGCUGGGCCAGUGGCUUCAGCUGGCAUCCCUGAUACUACAGGCAUCUCCACCCUUGCGCACUCCCCUCGCUUCCCGGCCCCCGUGCCCACCUCCCGAGUCCCGCACCUACCCCUCGUUUCCCAGAGCCCUCCUCUCCAAGUGCCGCUGCCUCCCCAGCCUGCGCCUGGAUGGCCGGCUGAGCGAAGCCCUGCUGCCGACUGUCAAAGCCCUCCGCGCCGCCUCGGCCCCGCCCGCCAGCGGGUUGCCAUGGGGACUGCAGGUCAUUGUGACACCCCGCGCGACGGGAUGCCUGCGACGUGUCCGUCAGCCGAGCCCGACGCCCCCCAAGGGCGCGGAGCCCUUCCUCAGGAAGCGUCUGGCCUUCCUGAGGUUCUGGGACAAGAUCUAGGCGGGUGAGCCAGAGGACAGCAUCCCCGGGCCCCGGGGCCCUGACGCCGCCGUCGCCGGCCCAGAGCCUCCCCCACAGAGCCCUGAGUUGCGCUCUGUGCCCCCCGCGCAGCUCUUUCAUGCGCUCUACGACUUCACCGCGCGGUGCGCGGAGGAGCUGAGCGUCACUCGCGGGGACAGGCUCUACGCCCUCAAGGAGGAGGGCGACUAUAUCUUCGCCCGAAGGCUCUCCAGCCCGCGCAGCACCGGGCUGGUGCCCAUCAACUACGUUGCCAAAGCCACCCCUGAGAUGCUCUCAGACCAACCCUGGUACUUCUGUGAGAUCAACAGGACCCAGGCCCAGCAACUGCUCUUGUCCCCUGCUAACGCUCCAGGGGCCUUCCUCAUCCGGCCCAGCGAGAGCAGCCUUGGAGACUACUCACUGUCAGUCCGGGCCCAGGCCAAAGUCUGCCACUACCGCAUCAGUACAGCCCCGGGAGGCGGCCUCUACCUGCAGGAGGGCCGGCUCUUCCCCAGCCUGCAGUCUCUGCUCGCCUACUACAAGGCCAACUGGAAGCUGAUCCAGAACCCACUGCUGCAGCCCUGCGUGCCCCAGAGGCCCCCAGCACAGGACAAGUGGGAGCGACCUCGCUCAGAAUUUGUCCUUGGGAAGAAGCUGGGUGAAGGCUACUUCGGGCAAGUGUGGGAAGGCCUGUGGCAGGGCUCUGUGCCCGUGGCAGUCAAGACCAUUAAGUCAGCCAACAUGAGGUUGGCUGAACUGGCCAAGGAGAUCGAGGCGCUGAAGACCCUGAGGCACGAGCGGCUCAUCCGGCUGUAUGCCGUGUGCUCCGAUGGAGAGCCUGUGUACAUCGUCACGGAGCUCAUGUGCAAGGGCAGUCUGCAGUCCUAUCUGGGAAGCCCCGAGGGCCGGGCCCUGAGCCUGCCGCUCUUGCUGAGCUUCGCCUGCCAGGUGGCCGAGGGCAUGGGCUACCUGGAGGAGCAGCGUGUGGUCCACCGGGACCUGGCUGCCAGGAACGUGCUCGUGGGCAAUGACCUCACUUGCAAGGUGGCUGACUUUGGCCUGGCCCGGCUGCUCAAGGAUGAUGUCUACUCCCCAAGCAGUGGCUUCAAGAUCCCUGUCAAAUGGACGGCACCCGAGGCCGCCAACUACCGUGUCUUCACCCAGAAGUCAGACAUCUGGUCCUUUGGCAUCCUGCUCUACGAGAUCUUCACCUAUGGCCAGUGUCCCUAUGAAGGCAUGUCUAACCAGGAGACACUGCGGCAGGUCAGCCGAGGAUACCGGCUGCCGUGCCCAGCCGCCUGCCCAGCGGAGGUCUACACACUCAUGUCGAGGUGCUGGAAGGACAGCCCUGAGGAGCGGCCCACUUUUGCCAUGCUGUGGGAGAAGCUGGGCACCAUGCACAGGCACCUCCACCUGGCCCUCUUGUGACCAGGGCUCUGGCCAUGGGUGGCGGCCAGGGCCAAUGCUCUCUGCAGGGUGACCCCAGGUCAAGGCUGCACAGCUGGGAACCAAACCAGCAACUCCAGCUGUGGGCCUCCUGUGCUGACACGUAGGGACCUGGACACCUGCAGAUGGAGCUCAGCCACCCACACCCACCCAGAUGGCAGAGUGUCCUUUGCCUGGUGUGGCCUGUGUGCUUGGUGUCUCCAGGACAGAGGAAGCACAGAGUAGAGCCUCAGAGACACUGGGUGGAGAGGCCGCAGCUGGCCUUGUGCGGGUCCUCCUUGACUCCUUCCCAGGGUGAAGGAGGGGAAGAUUCCCCCACGUCCCACUGUGAGUUUAAGUGGCCAGUGCUGGGGCGCCCAGGCAGACCCAAUGGCACAUGUGUGCACAUAGGGCUGGCCCUGUCUCCUGCCCCCUGUAGGCACU